AUUAACUAAGGUAAAAUAAAAACAUGAGUGCUGGACGAUGUUAUGGUAUAAUAAAGUAUCUUAUGGUUGCUGUGAAUCUUAUCUUUUUUAUACUAAGCGUUGGCAUAGUGGUAAUAUCUGUUUGGAUGUUAGUAGACCCUACAUUUUACAUUUCUUUAACUCAAGAUUCUGGCAAUUAUCAGAUAUCUACUUACAUUUUUUUAUUCACUGGUCUUCUGUUAUUACUUGUAUCAUUUUUGGGAUGUUAUGGAGCUUGCAAAGAAUCUACUUGUUUACUUGUUUCUUUUUUCUCAUUUUUAUUAAUUAUAAUUGUCGCACAAGUGGCAAUAGGUAUUUGGGCUUACACAAACUCAGAUACUUUAGAAAAGUAUGUACGAUAUGCUGUUAAGUCUAUAGUACAAGAAGAAUAUUAUGUGAAUGAUCAACGUAAAGCUCUAUUUGAUGACAUCCAAAGAGGCUUAGAAUGUUGUGGUGCAGAUCGACCUAGUGACUGGAAUCCGAGCUCUUUUAGUAGAGUUAAUGUGACAAUUUCAUCAGAUACGAGCAUAUACAAAAUUCCCACUUCAUGUUGUCGUAUGGAUAUGGACAAUUCUGACUGUUUAAAAGGACAUAUGACUACUAAAAUAGGUGGCCAAAUAGAUUAUGACAUCAUAUUUCGAGAGGGCUGCACAAAUAAACUGAUAAACAGAUUAUGGUAUUAUGUGAAUACUGCCUAUACAGUAGGACUUGCUGCUGUUGUCAUCGAGCUGUUAGGAUUAAUAUUUUCGACAAUUUUAGCUUGUGGUGCCGAUCGAUCCUCACGUUACAAGGCAUAAUAAAUCCUUUGACGUUUCUUUACCAUGAAAAAUAACGAAUCUCCGUCUCAAAUUGAUUAAUAUUUCUUACUGCCUCAUUAAAAGCAAAAAGAUAUAUAUUUUUUCUGUUUAAAAGUGCAAAUUUUUACAUACAUAAGUAACAUUAAUGUUAUAUUCAAUUAACUCAUUUAAUGCUUGUGUAAAUUAAUUCUUUUGUAUAUGUACUUUAACAUUCUUAUUGCAUUUUAAUACUAAUAACGUGCCUUUUUGUGACUGUGGAAUGUUUUAUAAAUAUUUUCAAUAGGACUUGCAGAGAGGAAAUUAUGAAAUAUCGUUUUUAAAAGUUAAUUAAAUGAAACAUGCACACAAUACGUUUUCAAAUGUUUCAGUUACGUUUUAUUCAAAUACUACUUAUGUUUCUACCUUCUAAGUCUGUUUACUUGUGAUGAUUUAGAAGGUCGAAGCAUUUAAAGUUUUAAAUAAAAUAUAACCGAAAAAUUUAAAAGCAUUUUUGUGUACUUUCUCAAAUAAAAAUUAUUUUUGUAGAUGUUCUGAUAUUAUUCUGUACUUGAAGCUUAAUAGAUUAGCAAUAACCCGUUUUUGUCACUGUAUGUUUGUAUUAGUAGGUAUAAUUUAUUUAUUUAUUUUUAGUAAAAAGGCUACAAUAUUAACUUGCAU